UGCUCAAUUUUCAAGAUGUCGUCGCUGGAACAGAGGUUGUCUCGAAUCGAGGAGAAGCUAAAGCAGGAAAACGAAGAAGCUCGCCGAAAAAUCGACCUCAACAUUGACAUGAGUCCACAGCGAUCACGCCCGAGGCCGAUCAUCGUGAUCCAGCUCAGUCCUGCUCCAGCCCCUUCACAGCGUGCAGCUCUGCAGCUGCCCCUGGCCAACGAUGGAGGCAGCCGAUCAUCAUCAUCAGAGAGCUCACCUCAGCACCACCCCUACCCCAGCCGCCCACGACAUGUCCUCACCCUGCCCACUCCUCCAUAUGGCCUACAGAAGAGCCUAGAGAAUGCAGAGAUUGACCAGAAGUUGCAGGAGAUCAUGAAACAGACUGGUUAUCUGAAGAUUGACGGUCAGCGGCAUCCAGCAGAGGUAGCAGACCUUAUCAGUGAGGGAGAAAUAGGCAGUGGGACGUGUGGACAGGUCUUCAAAGUACAGUUCAAGAAGACAGGCCAUGUCAUUGCUGUCAAACAAAUGCGACGUACGGGAAACAAGGAUGAGAACAAGAGGAUCCUGAUGGACCUGGACGUAGUGCUGAAGAGUCAUGACUGUCCUUAUAUUAUCCAGUGCUAUGGAGCCAUAGUCACCAACACGGAUGUAUUUAUUGCGAUGGAACUGAUGGGCACGUGUGCUGAGAAGCUGAAGAAGAGAAUCCAGGGCCCCAUCCCAGAGCGAAUCCUGGGAAAGAUGACCGUGGCAAUAGUGAAAGCGUUAUUGUACCUGAAAGAGAAACAUGGUGUCAUCCACCGGGACGUCAAACCCUCCAACAUCCUCCUUGAUGCUAAAGGCCAGAUCAAGCUAUGUGACUUCGGCAUCAGCGGUCGACUCGUCGACUCCAAGGCCAAGACCCGCAGUGCCGGCUGUGCUGCGUACAUGGCGCCUGAAAGAAUAGACCCCCCAGAUCCCACCAAACCUGACUAUGACAUUCGAGCAGACGUAUGGAGCCUCGGUAUCUCUCUGGUGGAGCUGGCCACAGGACAGUUUCCCUACAAGAACUGCAAGACAGACUUUGAGGUCCUGACCAAAGUGCUGCAAGAAGAUCCUCCUCUCUUGCCUCUCAGCAUGGGUUUCUCCCUCGACUUCCAGUCCUUCGUCAAAGACUGCCUCACAAAGGAUCACAGAAAAAGGCCAAAGUACCACCAGCUGCUGGAGCAUAGUUUCAUCCGGCGCUAUGAGGUGCUGGAGGUGGAUGUAGCAGGUUGGUUUCAGGCGGUGAUGGAUCGCACUGAAUCGCCCCGCAGCAGCCAGUGUUACAGCCAUCAGCACAUGCUCCACUCGCUCUUCAGUAGGUAGCCUAGUCUCAACCAACCUGGCGUUAGCUUAGCCAUGCGCUAGACUAGCCUAGCUUUAGCAUUUCCUAGCCCAGACUCUGUUCUAGUCUAGCCAUUAGCAGCUACGCCCAUUUCUUGGCCCACCGUGCUUGUCUAUCUGUCCACCGGAGACCCUGAAGAGCCCAUAAAGGAAAGGGAGACGGAGACUCAGUGGAGGACUUUGGAUGGACAGAUGGAGUGAUGGACAGAGGGAUGAUGGAUAGAUGGCAAAAUUAUCUUAAUUUAAUAGUGUGUUUAAUUUAGACUGGCAGACACGGGGAAGAGGAAAUGAGGACAGGUGCACAUUGUAGAGUUGCAUCACCGUGUGCAUAACAGCUGUCCCAUAUGUGCUUAUACAUUGUCUCCAGUCAGCUGUUGCUCUUUAACCUAUAUAUGUUUCCAGCAUUGAUCCAAGUGUUUGGAUUAGUCAACAGAGUAGUCAUUACACACUGGAACGAAGCGUCUGCUACUUCAGCAAACACAAAUCGCUCCUGUAUAUAAACGAUGAGGACAAAGUGACACCCGGUGCAAUUAUGAUUCUUCAGGUGUUUCUACUAUCACACACUCAGGCUGAGUCUAUACAUGGUUAAAUAUGUGUAUGAGUAAGUAUUUCCCUGUGUAUACAUUCAGAUAGAUAAUCAAAACACAUUCAGUGUUGAUGUUAAUGAGGUUAUAUUUUCACUGCAGCUCUAACACACAUAUGAGAUGAAUCUACCUGUUAGCUGUUUUAUAGUAUACAUGUAGGGAUAGGAGUCCUCAUCUAUUUUACUAUGAAAUGUGUUAGAAUUCACAUUAUUUUAUUUAGCAGUUGCUAAAUAGAGGGGGAAAAAAACAAAGUUACAAAAAAAUUAGAACUGUAUCAUAGUUUUGGUUUUAUUUAUCGUGUUUUAGAAUGAGUUGAACUUGAAUGCUUCGUUAAGUGUUUCUGGGAGUGGAUCCAUGGUUUCCACGUCAGUGACCUGAAUGGGAAUCUGCAGAUUUGCAUCCAUUUUUGUUUCGUUAAAUAAAGACUGAGCCAUCAGCAUGUGUAGUUGAUGUGCUCAGUCUGUAGACCCAAGCAUACAUGGAAACGAUGAUCAGGUGGGAAUCGGAGAGAAGUUAAGCGUUUGAAAGGCUUGAUGAUCUUUUUGUUGUGUGAGAAAGGUUGGAGGUAGAAAUGGGAGCAGAGUGUUUUAUUUUUUUUUUUAAACAAAGCAAAGAACAGGACUAUGUUUUGUACAAAGAACAGGGAGUAGAUUUUAUGAGCUGUGGAGCAUUUCUUUACUUCACUCUACCUCUUUCUAUUUGUCCACCACUCUGUCUGCCUCAGCUGUUUAGUGUGUUGUGAAGCUCCACAGUGCUACCAGACCAAAGGCUGCAUGUAGGAUGUUGUAGGAGCCCGGAUGAUGCUCAGUUUCACAUGUUGUGAAUUCAAGCCAGCCACUUGUAAUUACGCAGUUGAGAUGUUUUUUUUAGGGCAGGGAGGGGUCAAACUGUCUGCCUGGGAGCUCACAAAAACUUACCACCUCUCACAUUUUUCUCUUGAUUAAGUAGGCCCACUAAAGAAAUCCAUUAUACAGCCACUGAAGGUGAAAGUAAACUAAUCUCAUUGCAGUUGUGAAGUGCGGUUUCUUAGCCUCGGGAUGCUGUAGGGGAACGACGACUCCAGGAAUGUACAUAAUUCUGUAAUAAUGCCCUCAAAAUGAUUCAGAAGCAGAGUUUUAUGGUUGGAAACGCAUGUAAUGUUGCUUUAAAGGUGUAGCAUGUAACAAAAUUUAAAGUCUAUUUAGAAAAAAAACCAAUAUAAUUAAAACCUGUUUUUACUGGCAUCUAAUCUCUUUACAAAAAUAACUGUCAUUUUAUUCAUUUAGAGUGAACCGGUAAUUUCGACUUAUCGUGGGUCCACAUACUUGGCAACUGCCAUAUUUGUGCAAACUACGGUGUCUGUGAAUGGAAAAAAACAUCACUAUGUGAAGUGAGAGCUUUAAAGCUGCAGUACCGCCUUUGUUUAAUAGGUGCUAGGACACCGUUUGUGAUAAGUAACGUCUUAGAAAGACCAUAGAAGAUAUUACAUAUAUACACAAUGUUAAAUAAGUUAACUGUAGUGCACUCAUUGCUGCACCUGAGAACACGGGAUGCACUCACAAAUGAAAACAUGUUUACGUCUGGAAGAAUUUUGGCCACUGACGGCCACCGUCUAUUCAUUACUGUGUAGUAAUUGAAGUCAAUACUACAUCCACCUUUGCCACUAGAUGUCAGUAAUUCUUACACUUUAUACCUUUUAAAUGUUCAAAAAGUUUGAAACCUAUGUUCCAGCCCUGAAAACAGCUCUUAACUUAAAAACUUAAUAGUCUUUUCAGGUAACUAAGUAAUAAAGUUUUCCAACUAAAUGAACCAGAUUCGUUCUUAGACUAAAUAUGACUUAUUUUUUUUUACAUUUAAAAUAACCUAAGGUUGAUCAUUUAGCAGAACAGAAAAGGAAAAGUUUUUUCCCUAACCAGUGAGUAUUUUGUUGACCCAGAGGCUCCCGGGUAGCUCGACCUUUGACGCCUCUCUGACCACAAGGCCUAGGUUGAAAAUAAACUUGCUUUUAAAUACGUGUGCAUUUGAUCAUCGUGGCUGCCUCACAUAUUUUGCGUCUGUUUAAAGUGUCGUUUGUGCACGUAAUUGGAAAUUCAUGCUACAAAUUCGCAGGUGGAAUAUGCCAGUAACCGCUGUGGACAACGUCGGGAACAUUUAGACCAGAAGUAAUGUAGGAGGAUUGACAGCGGUAAAAAUGAUGGAUUGGUUUAAGGUCCCAGCGGUCCCACUGUGGUGGCCUGUAUUGACGCCAUGUUUGUCAUUGUAUUUACACCAUACAAAUUUACUAAAUUCCGCAAAGCAAGUAUAUGAACAGUUAUGCUCACAAUGACGCUGGUUGAAUACACAAAGUUAAAAAGCAAGUAUAUUCUCGGCCUUAAAGAUCAGAUCGUGUGGCUUCGAGAACGAGACACGUCUGAACAGAUACUCCACAAGAGACUGCAUAGAGCGCUACCGCCUCCCCUCUUGCAGGGCCACAGCCAAAGCCUGCUGGAUGUAGAUGCAGACUCCAGCCUCCCACACCCCGUCAUACACACACCAAACCAAACCACCGCUAAACACAGAAACGAGGAGCGGCAAGAACAGAAAGAGAAUGUAAAAUGUCAGGGAGUGAGACGGAGGUACAGGAAAGUUGUCUAGUUGGCAGAAAAGAUGAGCGGAAAGGAAAUGAUAGGAACAGGAGAGGAUGAAAGAGUUGAGGUGAGACGUAAGACAGCGAGUGUAAAGAAAGUGGGACAGCAAGACAAAGACAUGUCAGAGAUGAACUGGAGUUGGCCGACAGGGAAGUAAAGGAGAUGGUAAACGGUGAGGGAGAACAUCAAGUUUUAACUGGACUGCCGAGCUCUGAGGCUAGCUGGUUACUGUAAAAAGCUUUCAUGGUGUAAAACCAACCUACCAAUUAUGAUUUUUAGCUAGCGAGUUAGCAUGUUAUUGAUUAUUCAGACUGUGUUAUUUAUUUACAUUUCUCCUGCUGCUACUUUUUAUUGCUUUAGACGCUGCUGUCACUUCUUUUUCCCAAAGGACUUUUUUUUUUUUUUUUAAACCAAAUAAAUGAAAUAAUGCAAUGUCUACAUGUGUUACCAAAUACAGAGGAGGAAGUCUGAAGAGAGCAAAUGCAAGUGAGAUAUGGUUGGGUAUGGAAAGUGUAGGGUGAAAAACUACGACCUCACCUAAAAUGUAAAGACACACCUCUCCUUAACUGUAGCUCUGUAAGUAAUGGAAGAUGUUAAUCAUUUAUAUCUCACUACGACAUCACACUAACAUCCUGUAGAGUGUAGGUAUGAUUAGAGGGGCGUCUGUCUGUCCAGAUAUUUACUGUCACAUCCAUCUGAAACCUGUCCAUCCAUCCCUCUGUCCAGAGGUCGCCUGUGAGCUUGACAACCUUGACCGUUCACACCAAAGGUGACCACAACUUAACAAAAAUCCCAGAGCAUUGUUGUUAUUGUUAUUAUGGUUUGUGACGUUAUAAUUGAUCACUCAGCUAUGAUAUGUGUGAAAUCUGUAGCUAGUGGGAGGGGAUGUGUGUGUACAGGGAGGGAGUGCUGUAUUAUAUCAGCACUGUGUAAGUGUCAUAUACUGUGUGGGAGACUGGCGCACUCACAUACAAGAGAUAAAACCAGAUGGUUCCUCCAUCUGCUCAGUGGAUCGGUCUCUCCGUGGGCCUGUUAUGAAGUAAGUUGAGCUUUUUUUGGCUUUAUUUGGUCUACACCAUCCUCUGGCCUGAAUAUUAAGUAUCACACAGCUGGUAACCAGUGGUUAAUGACCUCUAAACCUACAGAAAGGGUGACCCAUUCAGGUUGUUAAAACAGCAAAUAAACAAGCAGAUAAAGUAAUAGUUUUAUGUUUAUUUUUAAUCAGUAAUCCUGCAAUUUUAGAACCAUAAAAGGGAAAGUUUGAUAGAUUAACCAAGCUCCAAAAACACUGAUUCACCUCUGCAAGUAACCCUAACAAUCUUUACUAGUGAGGGGAAGACUGGCUUUUUCAGAGAUUUGACUCUUUUGGCUCCCAAAUAGAUUUGAAAUCACUCAAGAUCUUCUAUUCUAACCUUAUUCAGACUGUUUGUGUGUCAUUAAGCCUUAUUUUUAUGCACUUAAC